UGUGAUUCUCUCUCUAUCGCUCUGUCCCUUUCCCUCGUCGCAAAGAGAGGGACUUGGCCCCCGACCUCCCACCGUCCUCCAUUGAAAGAAAGCUUAAAGCUUCCCCCACAAACUUUCUUUCCCAACCAUAACAAAACCCUAAAAAAAUCAUUUAACUUACCCACUUCCCCUUCCUCCUCCAAACCAACGGAGGACCGAGUUCCCAUGUCCAUCCAUUUUCCCGUUCCAGCUUCUUCUUCGUCACUUCUUUCUCCUAGGGUUUCCUAUCCAAUCGCUGCUACUCGCGAAUCUUAGCUCCGAAUCUGGGCUUAUUUAUUCCUUUUAUCCGCGUGCAUCUCCUUGGUGAAGUUCGGUUCCAGGGCUUCUUCUCUGUGUUCGGUUUAUGCUUUGGGUUUCCGUAUAGAUGGAGCGAUCUGCGUCGGGUAAAGAUGUUGCAUCGAGGGACUUUACUGAGUCUUCUUCCUCCGGUGGGAUGUUUGAUGCAUCACAGUACGAGUUUUUUGGUCAACAUGCUGGGAAUGGAGUGGAGUUGGGUGGUCUGGAAGAAGAUGAAAAUCCUGUCUUUGGAUCUGUCGGUGAUGAAUACCGCUUGUUUGAUAGAGAUGAAGGGGCAAGCUUAGGAUCUCUAUCUGAUAUGGAUGAUUUGGCAAGUACUUUUGCAAAGUUGAACCGAGUAGUUACUGGUCCAAGGAACCCAGGAGUGAUUGGUGACCGGGGAUCAGGAUCAUUCUCCAGGGAAAGUUCAUCGAUUGCUGAAUGGGCACAAGACAGUGAAUCUUCUUCCUGGUUUGAUCAGCAUGGGUGUGAUUCAGAAGGUUUUCAUGACAGCAGGAUGUCUUCUUUAUCUCUCACCCAACCUUCAUCUGCAAGGUUCUCAGAAUCAAAACCUUUGUACAGAACUUCCUCUUAUCCCCUGCAGCAACAUGGAGAAUUCAGCAGCAACUGGCUAGAUCAGCAGAUAUAUGAUACAGAAACCGUCCAGGAAAACAAGAGAUGGUCAUCACAGCCAUCUAUUAAUUUCCCAGAAUCAAAACCUUUACACAGAACUUCUUCCUAUCCUCUACAGCAACACCAGCAGCAUUUAUCAAGUGAACCGGCUCCUUUUCCAAAAUCAAAUUUCACUUCUUUUCCGCCGCCCGGUGGCAGAAUCGAUCAGCCUCUACAACACUACCAUAGUGUUCCUUCUCCUUCAGGCGGGUUGCAGUUGCCAUAUUCUGCUCCAAACAUGUCUCCUCUAUCGAACCCCAACUUUCAUUUGGCUGGUUUACACCCUGGGGCUCACUUUGCUGGAAACAUGUCGCAGCAGAUCACAUCUCCUGGCCUUUCUUUUAGUAACAGGCCUCAGAAGCAGUGGCUCAACCAUGGUGGCUUGCUAAAUCAUGUCGACCAUUCUACACUUUUGCAGAGCGUCUUGCAACAACAGUUGUCUCAUCAUCAGAAUGGGCUCAUGUCUACACAGUUGUUGUCGCCCCAAAACCGGUUGCACUCUUCGAUUCAACCAUCCAUGGCUCAUUUUGCUGCACUUCAGUCUCAAAUCUAUGCUUCACAUCCAUCAGCUCAUAAAUUAAUGCUCGGUUUGGGUGAUGGUAGGGAGCAGAAGCCUAAAUCGCAUAGAGGGCGGCAUAAUUCUCGAUCUUCAAAUCAUGGUUCUGAUGCUGGUGGUAGUCAGAGAAGUGACAGUGGUCCAUCGAUUCAGUUCAGAUCAAAAUACAUGACAUCUGAAGAGAUCGAGAGCAUUCUGAAAAUGCAGCAUGCCGCUACUCAUGGCAACGAUGCUUAUGUAGACGAUUACUACCAUCAAGCUCGUCUCUCCAAGAAAUCUACUUCAGGAGGGUCAAAGUCAAAGCAUCACUUCUGCCCAUCCCACCUGAAAGAGGUUCCUUCUCGCUCACGCAACAACAGCAGCUCUGAACAGCAGCUUUCCUAUCAUGUGGAUGCAAUGGGGAAGAUUCCCAUACCAACUGUACGUAGGCCCCGCCCUCUCCUCGAAGCGGGCCCUGUUUCCACCGAUUGCAUUGAACAGAUCUCCGACAGGCCUCUUGAGAAGGAACCCAUGCUUGCAGCUAGAGUCACAAUCGAAGAUGGGUUGGCCUUGCUUAUCGAUGUUGAUGAUAUUGAUCGGUACCUUCUGUUUAAUCAGCCGGCGGAUGGUGGCGCUCAGGUGAGGCGCCGGCGGCAGAUUCUCCUUGAGGGUUUGGCGACUGCGCUGCAACUGGUAGAUCCUCUCGGUCAGAGUCCUGGGAAUAAUACUUCAGCAGGCUCUGCAUCAAAGGAUGAUCUCGUGUUCUUGCGUCUGGUAGCUUUGCCCAAGGGUAGGAAACUCAUAACAAAGUUCCUUCAGCUUCUAAUCCCCGGCAGCAACCUUGUACGUAUUGUGUGCAUGGCGGUGUUCCGGCACCUCAGAUUUUUGUUUGGUUCUGUGCCCUCCGACCCAGCAGCAGCCAAGACGAGCGUGAACCUGACAAAGACUGUGUGUGUUUGCAUCAGUGGCAUGGAUCUUCAUGCACUCAGUGCAUGCCUUGUUGCAGUUGUUUGCUCAUCAGAACAGCCGCCAUUUCGCCCUCUUAGCAGUCCAGCUGGUGAUGGAGCCUCAGUUGUUUUGAAGUCUAUUCUAGAGAGGGCAACUAAACUGUUAACUGAUCCUCCGGCUGCACGGCCGGUGGUACCCAACUUUGCUCUCUGGCAGGCGUCCUUUGAUGAGUUCUUUGAUCUGCUGACUAAGUAUUGUUUGGCGAAGUAUGAGACUAUCCUGCAGUCAGUCUAUGCGAAAACGCCAACUGGUACAGAGGAUAUUGAUGAAGAUGUACGUGGAGCGACUAAGAGGGAAAUGCCAGUUGAGCUUCUGCGUGCUUGCCUCCCUCAUACUAAUGAACGCCAGAUGGAGCUAUUGAGACAUUUUGGACAGCAGCGGAAUUCCAUGACUGGACUGAGUACACACUCGGGUUCUAGCAGCAUCAUAAGUUCUGAAUCAGUCAGAAGUUAAAUCCAGAUCAGUUCCUUGCGAGAAUGUUCCUGUGGGUUAUUAUGUCCUGACAGGAGAAGUGGGGUGUAGCUGCAGCUGCUACUGGGGUUCUGGUCUUGAUUAACGGUCUUAAUGUUUGACGUUGUGGAAACUGUGUUCUGACAUCGGCUGACCUAUAUUAUGAUUAAUCGUUCAAUGUGUAUAUGGUGGUGAUCAGUGGGGAAAUGGCGAUUAUCAGGGAUAUGGGAUCGAGGAUACCACAAGGGGUGAAACUGUACAGUAGUGGUGGAACUGGAAAUAGAUCAGUAGAAAGUUUCUGUCUUCAUAUUGGAAUCAUGGCUCUUCGUUGGACAGGGAGUUUCCGGGCUCCCGAAGGAAGUUUCUUCUCUUUUUAGGACUUUUGGAUGCUCUCCUUCUCAUGGAUAGCUGAAAUAUGCUUAGCUGGGGUGGCUAAGACUGUAUUUCUGAGUCCGUCUUUGUAAUAAUUGAAACGAGAGGCUAUAGAAGUGGUCAUGGAAGAUGGAAAUUUUUAGAACAGAUUUAGUAACCAUAGCUUUUAGUUUUACUACUCUAGUCAUUUCCUCUCCUUUCUUUCAUGUUUCGUCUCUGUGGUUCCUUUUGUUCUUUCUUUCCUCUUUCCUUGGUUCAUAUUAUUAGCAGGAUCAAGAAAUCUGAGUGUAUGAAGAAUAUGGCUACACUUGUGGUGGUGGGUGCGCUUUCCUCCUUGUCCACUUAUGUAUUCAAGGAGAAGGCGGCAAGAAAGAUGCUUUAGUUCUUUUUCUCCUUUCCUUUUAUCAUCUGUUAGUGGGAGUUCAAAUAGUAAUGAAAAGAGCCUCAGAAGGCGAUGUGAAUCAAAUGCUCUCAAUGAUUGAGGGUCAGUGGAAGUAUGAGUGCAUGGAUUCUGUUUUUGUCGAAUCCUUUGCAGGUCAGGAGUAUGUGGCUUUGCUGAGGUUGGUGUCGUCCUGUAUUUUGUGGAAAACAGCCAGCCAAACCGCUCAAUGAUGGAUCUCUAGGGCUUGUAGGUGUGGCAAGAAGAAACGAUUGUAUUUCUUGUUUUUCUGUGGAUACUACAUAAAGUAAGCUUUGUGAAUUGUUUGAGCAAGAUAAUGUGGCUGUUCGAUCUGCAGCUAAUUGUUUUCUUCUGGGUUUGUACUGGUUAACGUUGGUCAUUGGUG